UCCUGGUGCGCUGGGAUUGGCCCGCGCGGCCGCCGCUCACGUCUCAGCCCGGCCGCCGCAAUGCUGCUUUGGAGCGUAGCGCCCGGAGGUCGCUCGCUGAGCGUCACCGUCCGCCGCUGGGGUGUGGGCUGCAUCCUUCACAGGCGCCAUGCCCGAGUGGGAGCCAAUGAUGGCCACAGAAAGCUGGAGACCGGCCUUGUGGAGGGGGGCUCCCAAGCAUGUGCAGAAGACACCAAACAGCCCAAGGCCUCCCUACUCCUUGGGGGCCCCUCAGGACCCCCAUACUCUCUGCCACCUGAACUCCAGCUUCCCACAAACUGCUGCAUGAGUGGCUGCCCCAACUGUGUGUGGGUAGAGUAUGCAGAGGCCCUGCUGCGGCAUUACCAGGAUGGUGGGGAGCGGGCCCUGGCUGCCCUGGAGGAGCACGUGGCCGAUGAGAACCUCAAGGCCUUCCUCAGGAUGGAAAUCCAGCUCCGCACACGAGGUGGGGACUGAGCCAGCCUGGCCAAGACACCCUUACCCUGGACAGAGGCCAGUCCAUCCGCUUCUGCCCAGGAAGCAGCAGUGAUUGUUGUUCACACCUCCUGUCUGGGUUUGAUGUAUCUGACGGGCUCAGGAGGAACUCUUUUAUUGACUUUAUCUGAGAAUAAAUAAAAUCUCUCCAGUGGUUGAACAAGA